CCGUCAACGUUCGGCGCCGCUCGCUGGGUGAAGCCGGGUUUCCCAAAGAUGGCGGCGUUCGGGAUAUUGAGUUAUGAGCACAGGCCGUUGAAAAGGCCUCGGCUCGGGCCGCCAGACGUUUACCCGCAGGACCCCAAACAGAAAGAGGACGAGCUGACAGCACUGAAUGUCAAACAAGGCUUUAACAAUCAGCCUGCAGUGUCUGGGGAUGAACAUGGUAGUGCAAAGAAUGUUAAUUUCAAUCCUGGCAAGAUCAGCUCGUACUUCAGCAGUAUAAUUGCUGAGAAGUUGAGAUGUAACACAUUCCCAGAUACUGGUAAAAGGAAGCCUCAGGUGAAUCAAAAGGACAGUUUCUGGCUUGUCACAGCUCGAUCCCAGCCUUCAAUACACAAUUGGUUUACUGAUCUGGCUGGAACCAAACCACUAACCCAACUUGCAAAAAAGGUGCCUAUAUUUAGUAAGAAGGAAGAAGUCUUUGGCUAUCUGGCCAAAUACUCGGUGCCCGUAAUGAGAGCAGCUUGGCUGAUAAAAAUGACAUGUGCCUAUUAUGCAGCUAUAACUGAAACAAAGAUGAAAAAACGUCAUGUCAUAGAUCCAUGUAUAGAAUGGACUCAGAUCAUCACAAAGUACCUUUGGGAACAGCUGCAAAAAAUUGCUGAGUCCUACCGGCUAAUAUCUACACAGAACAGUGGAACACCAGUACCCCCCACUGUACCUGAAGUGGAGCAGGCCAUGAAACAGUGGGAAUAUAAUGAAAAACUGGCUCUUUACAUGUUUCAGGAUGGAAUGCUGGACAGGCAUGAGUUCCUGACCUGGGUUCUUGAAUGCUUUGAGAAGAUCCGACCGGGGGAGGAUGAACUUCUUAAAUUACUACUCCCACUAAUGUUACAGUACUCCGGAGAGUUUGUGCAAUCUGCCUACCUAUCGAGACGCCUGGCCUACUUCUGUACCCGACGUCUCUCCAUGUUGUUAGGUGAUAGUGGUAGUAAUGUUGUGACAGGAGGACAUCAGUCCCAUGUGAUUCCAGCACCCACUUCAAAUACUUUGCCUCCAACACCAACACCACCACCCAAUGGGACCACCCAGCCACAGUCUCCGUUUAUGGAUUUUUAUAUUUGUCCACAGCAUCGUCCUGUUGUGUUUGGAUUAAGUUGCAUGCUUCAGAGUAUUGUUCUAUGUUGUCCAAGUGCAUUGGUAUGGCAUUACUCAUUGACUGAUUGCCGAAAUAAGACUGGAUCCCCACUCGAUCUUUUACCCAUAGCACCAUCUAGCCUACCCAUGCCAGGGGGAAACUCUGCAUUUACCCAACAAGUUCGAGCUAAAGUGCGGGAAAUUGAGGAGCAGAUUAAAGAAAGAGGUCAAGCUGUGGAGGUCAGGUGGUCAUUUGAUAAGUGUCAAGAAACUACAGCAGGUUUUACGAUUGGUCGUGUAUUACAUACGUUGGAAGUACUUGACAGCCACAGCUUUGAAAAGUCUGAUUUCAACAACUCAUUGGAUUCGCUUUACAACAGGAUAUUUGGAUCAGGGCAGAAUAAAGAUGGGCAGGAGAUGUUGCCUGAUGAUGAUGCGGUGAUGACUUUGCUUUGUGAAUGGGCAGUGAGCUGCAAACGUUCAGGUAGACAUCGUGCCAUGGUUGUGGCAAAACUGUUGGAGAAGAGGCAAGCUGAAAUUGAGGCUGAGAGAUGUGGUGAAUCAGAAGUGGUGGAUGAGAAAGGAUCUGUCUCCUCAGGCUCACUUACCAGUGCCAGCAUCCCUGUUUUCCAGGACGUUUUGCUUCAAUUCUUGGAUACUCAAGCUCCUAUGCUGACUGAUCCAAGUAGUGAAAGUGAGAAGGCUGAAUUUGCCAACUUGGUCCUCCUGUUCUGUGAGCUGAUUCGCCAUGAUGUUUUCUCACACAAUGUCUAUAUGUGCACACUGAUAUCCCGAGGAGAUCUGUCAUCAGAGCAGCAUGCACCCAGACCACGCUCACCUGUUGAUGAUGCCGUGGAAGAGCAGGAUCGAAAAGAACAGGAAGGAAAUAAUAGUGUGAAACUUGAGGAUACAGGCUUACCAGAAAGUAUUGACAUAGAUCACAACUCAAGUGCUAUUUUUGAAGAUGUGGAAAAGAAUGACUUUAAAAAUGAUUUUAGUGCUGAUUUUACUGUGUUUUCUCCUCCGAUGCACUGUGAAUCCAAAGCGAGCCCAUCUCCAGAAAAACCUGCCUCAGAAAAAGACAUGAAAUUAUUACAGAAAGAAAAAAUGAAUGAUGCGUUUCCUUCACCAUAUGAACAAUCCAGGCACAUACAAUAUGCAACACACUUCCCCAUCCCUCAGGAGGAAUCUGCAAGUCAUGAAUGCAAUCAGCGCUUGGUAGUUUUAUAUGGUGUUGGCAAGCAACGAGAUGAAGCUCGGCAUGUAAUUAAAAAAAUAACCAAAGACAUCUUGAAGGUUUUAAACAAGAAGAGCACUGCUGAAACUGGUGGGGAGGAAGGACAGAAGCGAAAGAAAAAUAAACCAGAAGCAUUUCCUACAGCUGAGGAUAUAUUUGCCAAAUUUCAGCAUCUUUCACAUUUUGAUCAGCACCAAGUUACCUCUCAGGUAUCACGGAAUGUGUUAGAACAGAUCACUAGUUUUGCCUUGGGAAUGUCCUAUCAUCUGCCUCUCGUUCAGCACAUUCAGUUUAUUUUCGAUCUGAUGGAAUAUUCCCUUAAUAUCAGUGGAUUAAUAGAUUUUGCUAUUCAGUUGCUGAACGAAUUGAGUGUUGUGGAAGCAGAGUUGCUCCUGAAGUCAUCCAGUCUAGUUGGCAGUUACACAACAGGUUUGUGCCUGUGCAUUGUGGCAGUCCUGCGGCGCUACCAUUCCUGCCUUAUUCUCAAUCCUGAUCAGACCGCACAAGUAUUUGAGGGUUUGUGUGGUGUGGUGAAACAUGGAGUAAACCCAGCAGACUGCUCCUCUGCAGAGCGUUGUAUCCUUGCCUACCUCUAUGAUCUCUACACCUCUUGCAGCCACUUAAAGAGCAAGUUUGGCGAGCUCUUUGGUGAUGCCUGCUCCAAAGUCAAGAAUACCAUCUACAGCAAUAUUGAUCCUUCUGAUUCCAACAUGCUCUGGGAACCCGAGUUCAUGAUCGAUGCCAUUGAAAACCCUUCUGCACACAACUUUAGCUAUUCCAUGCUUGGAAAAAUCCUGAAUGACAAUCCAGCCAAUCGCUACAGUUUUGUUUGCAAUGCACUAAUGCAUGUCUGUGUGGGACACCAUGAUCCUGAUCGUGUGAAUGAUAUUGCUAUCUUGUGUGCGGAGCUAACUGCCUAUUGCAAGGCUCUCAGUGCAGAGUGGCUUGGUGUGCUCAAAGCACUGUGCUGUUCAUCCAACAAUGGAACUUGUGGCUUCAAUGAUCUUCUUUGUAAUGUUGAUGUGAGCGAUUUAUCAUUCCAUGAUUCUUUGGCAACAUUUAUAGCUAUUUUAAUAGCUAGACAAUGCUUGCUAUUGGAGGAUUUGAUUCGAUGUGUGGCAAUCCCCUCACUCCUUAAUGCAGCAUGUAGUGAGCAAGAUUCCGAACCAGGUGCUCGCCUAACAUGCCGAAUCCUCCUCCAUUUGUUUAGGACACCACAACUAAACCCUUGUCACCAAGACAGCACUAAACCAACAGUGGGGAUCCGUUCAUCAUGCGACAGACAUCUACUAGCAGCAUCACAGAACAGCAUUGUGGUUGGAGCAGUGUUUGCUGUCCUCAAAGCUAUCUUCAUGUUGGGUGAUGCUGAAUUGAAAGGGUCUGGAUUCUCACAUUCUGGUGGCAUGGAGGAGCUCCCCGAGGAUGAUAUAGGAGUGAAAAAAUCUGGCAGUCGGGCUGUUUCUAUUGAAACAGCCAGUUUAGAUGCUUAUGCUAAAUACGUGUUGAAGAAUAUUUGUCAGCAGGAGUGGGUGGGAGAGCGCUGCCUAAAGAGUUUGUGUGAGGAUAGCAGUGCUCUGCAGGAUCCAGUUCUAACAAAUAAGCAGGCUCAGCGACUCUUGCAGUUGAUAUGCUAUCCACAUCGGCAACUGGACAGUGAGGAAGGAGACAACCCACAACGUCAGAGAAUCAAACGGAUCUUGCAGAAUCUUGAUCAGUGGACAAUGAGACAGUCAUCACUGGAGCUGCAGCUUAUGAUUAAACAGAGUGUCACCAGUGAGAUGAACUCCUUGUUAGAAAACAUCGCUAAGGCCACUAUUGAAGUAUUCCAGAAAUCAGCUGAAAUGAACUCCUCUAAUCUGAACAGUAAUGGAACGGUGAAUUCGGGGUUACCUGUCUCUGGCACCAGCAACACAAAUGGAAACACCAGCAAAAUGAAACCACUGCUGAGCUCAUCAGAGCGGACAGGAGUCUGGCUGGUGGCACCGUUAAUCGCAAAAUUGCCAACAUCUGUCCAAGGCCAUGUGUUGAAAGCUGCUGGUGAGGAACUGGAGAAAGGACAACAUCUUGGGUCGUCCUCACGAAAAGAACGGGAUCGGCAAAAACAGAAGAGUAUGUCUUUGCUGAGUCAACAGCCAUUUCUUUCUUUGGUUUUGACAUGCCUUAAGGGGCAGGAUGAACAAAGAGAGGGACUUCUCACCUCUCUUUACAGCCAGGUCCAACAGAUUGUAACAAAUUGGCGUGAAGAUCAGUACCAAGAUGACUGCAAAGCAAAACAGAUGAUGCAUGAAGCCUUGAAACUCCGUUUAAAUCUUGUAGGUGGGAUGUUCGACACUGUCCAGCGUAGUACGCAGGGAACCACCGAGUGGGCUGUCCUUCUCUUGGAUAUAAUCAGCAGUGGAACAGUUGACAUGCAGUCAAACAAUGAGCUGUUCACUACAGUCCUGGAUAUGCUCAGUGUGCUGGUCAAUGGGACUCUGGCAGCGGAUAUGUCAAGCAUCUCACAGGGCAGCAUGGAAGAGAACAAGAGAGCUUACAUGAACCUCGUAAAGAAACUCAGGAAAGAGCUUGGGGACAGACAAUCAGAGAGUUUGGAGAAGGUGCGACAGCUAUUACCUCUUCCCAAACAGACAAGAGAUGUCAUCACAUGCGAACCCCAAGGCUCUCUAAUUGAUACCAAAGGGAACAAGAUUGCUGGCUUUGACUCAAUAUUCAAAAAGGAGGGACUGCAAGUCUCCACUAAGCAGAAGAUUUCCCCUUGGGAUGUUUUUGAAGGUAUGAAACAUUCUGCUCCCCUCUCCUGGGGCUGGUUUGGGACAGUUCGUGUUGACCGCAAGGUGACUAAGUUUGAAGAGCAGCACAGGUUGCUUUUGUACCACACACACCUUAAACCAAAGCCACGCAGUUAUUAUCUUGAACCACUGCCACUUCCCCCAGAGGAAGAAGAGCCACCAGUACCAGUUGUUCCAGAACCAGAAAAAACUACAGCAGAACCACCAAAGUUGGAGAAACCUACUACUACCGAAGAGAAGAAAAAAAAAUCAACUAGAAAGAAACGGCCUGUUCCAAAUAAAGCAGAGUUGGAUUUAUCAUCCAGUGCACACAGAAUGCCUCCUUAUGGUGGUGGAGUUCCUAGUGACAUAAUGCCACACCAGGCUAAUCCUUAUAACAGACUUCCAUAUGGACCACCUGGUAUUUAUGCACAAAAUCAGCCUUUGCCAGCAGGUGGACCAAGGUUAGAUACAAUGCCCUACAGAUCUGUGCGACCUCCUUUUGCCAAAAUAAUGCAGAAUCGGCCACCCUACAGCACUGUGAUGGGCCCAAUUGGUGCAAUGAUGGAUCCGUCACUAUAUAAAAUGCCACAAUACAAGCAGCAGGCUCCCAUCCCACAGGGGCAGACUAUCCGACAUCAUUUAAAUGCCAGAUUGAAUUCUGGUGGAAUGUAUGGGCCGCAGGUUCGUCAAGCAAAUCCAGCUCAGUCAUAUGGAUCAAUGUCACAAGCUCAGAGUAUUUCUCAAGGCUACACUAACUAUGGCUCUCACUUGGGGAUGCAGCCACAUCCGUCGCAAGCCAGCAGUAUGAUACCUCCUGCCUAUUCAAGCCAACCAUACCAGAGCAGUCACACAGCCAAUAAUCCUACACUCAUAGAUCAGGUUCGGCAGAUGCAGCAGCGACCAAGUGGCUAUGUUCACCAACAAGCUCCAGCUUAUGCACACUCCAUGCAGAACACACAAAGGCUAACGCACCAACCCAUGCAACAAGCACCUAUGAUGACAGGAAUUAGUCACAUACCCCAACAGAAUGUUCAUUCAACAAUGAGGACAAAUCAGGAACAGCAGUAUCUACGACAACAACAAAUCCUGAGGCAACAACAACAACAACAACAACAACAACAACAACAACAGCAGCAGCAGCAGCAACAACAGCAGCAACAAGUGCAACAACAGCAACAGCAGCAACAACAGCAACAGCAGCAACAGCAGCAGCAACAAGUGCAACAACAGGUCCAACAGCAACAAGUGCAACAACAGCAGCAGCAACAAGUGCAACAACAGGCCCAACAGCAACAGCAGGCUCAAACCCAACCACAGUCUCUGGGAAUGCAGGCCAUCCCACCUCAGCAGACCAUGUUCCAGCGACAAGGAAUGCAACAAACACAGCAGCAACAACAGACGGCAGCUCUCGUCAGACAGUUACAACAGCAACUAUCAAAUUCACAACCACAGAAGAAUGCAAACCCAUACUUUUAAUGUUGGAGUCAUCUAAAAGAAAAAAGUCUGCCAUCUGCUUAUCAUUUGAGUGUCCCGGAUGAAUUUUGUCUUCAAAGGCAAAUUACUUUGGUGUCUGAAUCUGUAGCAUUUGAUGUGUUUCAGUUUCAAAUGAAACUGAACUCUUGAUCAUUUCCCUACACUUACCAGGUUGCUCCCAGUGCCUGUACGUUCAUGGUUAGGAAAAUAACAAUUCACCAAUUAAAAGGUAAAGAGAGA